CAGAUAUUAUCAUAUCCUGCGCAGACCCACAAAAGCAAAAACACUAGAAGCCACGGAGAUCGUUUGCAACGAAGGUGAAACUUUGCCGUUUAGACAAUAGUAAUCAUUUUCUUUUUAAGGUUGACAAGCUACAGGGGAACACCCCAAGCCACGUUCGGAGAUUCCCAUGUUGCCUACGUCACCCAAACCCUCCUCUUUUUUACCGGCCCAAUCAGUCAGCGGUGCUUUAUAACUGGCAAUAACCAGUAGCGUCACGGCUAGUUUGGGCAUGAAUGAAGCAUGUUGCUGCUCGAAUCGGAGUAAGUCUCUUCAUGCACACGGCACUGCACACCCCCGGCGCUUCCUAGAUUUUUCAACUGUUAUACUGAUCUUGGUGCUCUGGUCUGGUCCCUCUGAUAGAAAAUUUGAAGAAUGUCUCCAAUUGCUGCCAUGGAUGUUUCUAAUAAUGGAAGUGUUAAAAGCUUGGAGACAACAGGCUCUGUAUUUGAAAUUGAAGAUUCUGAUAUUUCAAAGUUGUUGGAGAGACCUAGACCUAUUAAUAUAGAGAGGAAGAGAUCCUUUGAUGAAAGGUCUUUUAAUAGUGAACUUUCAAUUACCUUGUCACCUCGUUUUAGUUAUAGAAACCAUCUUGAAAAUGGGUCUCCCGUAGGAAGGAGGUCUGGUUAUAGUACUCCACUGUCAAGCUGUUAUUUUGAGUCACAUCCUAUGGUGGCUGAAGCGUGGGAAUCAUUGAGACGCACCUUGGUUUAUCACCGCCGGCAACCUGUUGGAACUCUUGCUGCAUUGGACCAUUCUAUGGACGAACUCAACUAUGAUCAGGUCUUUGUUAGAGAUUUUGUCCCAAGUGCUUUGGCGUUUCUGAUGAAUGGGGAGCAUGAAGUGGUCAAGAAUUUUAUAUUGAAAACUCUUCACCUCCAGUCUUGGGAGAAAAGGAUAGAUCAGUUCAAGCUAGGUGAAGGAGUUAUGCCAGCAAGUUUUAAAGUGCUACAUAAACCUGAGAAGAAUAUUGAGACUCUAAUUGCAGACUUUGGUGAAAGUGCAAUAGGAAGAGUUGCUCCUGUUGAUUCUGGAUUUUGGUGGAUUAUAUUGCUUCGUGCAUAUACAAAAUCUACUGGAGAUUCUUCCUUGGCUGAGAGGCCAGAUUGCCAAAGGGGAAUGCGCCUUAUCUUGACUUUGUGCCUGUCAGAAGGCUUUGAAACGUUCCCAACACUGCUCUGUGCUGAUGGAUGCUGUAUGAUUGAUCGUAGAAUGGGUGUAUAUGGCUAUCCUAUUGAGAUACAAGCUCUCUUCUUUAUGGCUUUAAGGUGUGCUUUGAUUUUACUUAAGCAUGACGAUGAGGGCAAGGAAUUUAUUGAGAGGAUUGUCACUCGCCUCCAUGCUUUAAGCUAUCACAUGCGAAGUUAUUUUUGGCUGGAUUUGAAGCAGCUUAAUGAUAUAUACCGAUAUAAAACUGAGGAGUAUUCUCAUACUGCAGUUAACAAGUUCAAUGUCAUGCCUGACUCUCUUCCAGAUUGGGUGUUUGAUUUCAUGCCAACUCGUGGUGGCUACUUCAUUGGAAAUGUGAGUCCAGCGAGGAUGGACUUCCGAUGGUUCUGCUUAGGUAACUGUGUUGCUAUUUUGUCAUCCCUGGCAACCCCUGAGCAAGCUUUAGCAAUAAUGGAUCUCAUUGAAUCACGUUGGGAAGAAUUGGUGGGAGAAAUGCCAUUGAAGAUCUGUUAUCCUGCCAUUGAAAGUCAUGAAUGGCGGAUUGUGACUGGCUGUGACCCCAAGAAUACUAGGUGGAGUUACCAUAAUGGAGGUUCUUGGCCAGUGCUUCUAUGGCUCCUAACAGCAGCCUGUAUCAAAACUGGGCGUCCACAAAUUGCAAGGCGAGCCAUUGAACUCACUGAAAAUAGAUUGUCAAAGGACCACUGGCCUGAAUAUUACGAUGGGAAACUUGGUCGAUUUGUUGGAAAGCAGGCUCGAAAGUUCCAGACAUGGUCCAUUGCUGGGUACUUGGUGGCUAAGAUGAUGCUCGAAGAUCCUUCUCAUCUGGGUAUGAUCUCUCUUGAAGAAGACAAGCAAAUGAAGCCCCUAGUUAAAAGAUCUGCUUCAUGGACUUGUUGACACAUUAUCCAUAUAUUUAAACAAUUGCUUAAAUUUUUUAUAUCUUAAAAUGGACAAUGAAUACUUUGUUUUUUAUUUUAUUCAAUUUUGUUAUAAUUGGACAUGUUUCCUUCACCUGAAAUGGGGAUAAAUUUCUUCAA